GAUGCCAAGUCCGGUAUGGAAUCAACGAUGCAGCCGCGGGGCUGCCUGCACUGUCAAGAUAAUUCCAAUGAUUUUCGGUCGUUGGGCCUUAUACCAUGGGGGGAGCGGAGAAAUAAUUCUCUACCGCCCAUCAUCCUUGUGUGCCCUAGCUGCGAACGGGUGACAACAAGCUGAAUCCAGGUUAUGCGUACACGCUAGAACACCAGUCCCAGUGUUUGGAGAAACCCUUUGCCAGCAGAUCUAUGAUCUAUCCGAAACUGUCUGCUUUUAGCGAACGGAACAGCUGCUACAGCGUUUUGGCGAAGUGAGUUUGACCAGCUAGAUCAGUACAUUAUACAGUAGCGCGGCACUAGCACUUGCUUGUGGCACCAGUAGAGCGUGGCUACAUACUAAGCAUGGCACAGUGCAGGUAUGGCUCAAGGCUGCUGUUAGCGGCGCUACUGCUACUAGAUAUUAUAUUGCUACAGCAAGGGGCGCUCGCUAGGAACGCAACGCCGGCGGCGUCGACGGAGCAGCUAGCGGCCGGCGAGGUCAACGUCAUCCUACUGAUGGCCGAUCAGAUGCGUUUCGACGUGAUGGGCGUCGCGAACAACCCCGUUGCCAUGACUCCCAACCUCGAUAAGUUGUCCAGCGAAGGAAUGCUGUUCACGAAUGCCUAUAGUUCGACGCCGACGUGCACACCAGCCAGGGCAGCCAUCUUGACCGGACUGAACCCGUGGAAUCACGGCAUGAUUGGUUACGGCAGUAUAGCCCACCGUUACCCGCUGGAGAUUGCCAGAUACCUAUCCUCCGUCGGCUACAUGACACACUCGAUUGGCAAGGACCAUUUCGGCUGGAAUAAGAGUCUUCACGAAGGCGUGCCCCAUGGAUAUGAUAGCACAAUGCUGUACGAUGGUUUACUGGCGGAGGAUGACGACUAUGAUCAAUGGUUCCACUCACUGUUGCCUGGUGUUGACGCCAUGGAGACUGGUCUGACGUUCAAUGACUAUCGUGGUCGUGCCUAUGCCCUGCCCGAGUACUACCACCCCACCGCCUGGGUCGGCAGACACACCGUGGAAUGGCUGGAUGCCUACGACUCAACACAGCCGUUCAUGCUGAAGGCGUCGUUUCAUCGCCCGCACAGCCCCUAUGACCCGCCCGAGCGUGUCAUGAAUCUUUACGACCCGGACAAGAUGCCACGGCCGUAUCGCGGUGACAGUUGGGACGAUGUGUUUGCCACCAAGUUCAACAAGACCCCGGACCCGGGCAUCUGGUGUGGCAACAUCACCUGGGAGGAUUUGAAGACCAGCCGUCAGGCGUACUACGCUAGCGUGACCUAUGUUGAUGAAUGGAUAGGCAUGAUCUAUGACAUGCUGCAGAUGAAGGGACUUCUAGAUAAUACCUUGAUCAUCUUCACAGCUGACCAUGGAGACAUGUUGGGUGACCACUACCAUUACAGAAAGGGAUACCCGUAUGAAGGAUCAGCACAUGUCCCUUUUAUCAUCCGAUGGCCAAACAAAAACCUCAGCCCUGCCAACGGAGGACCAGUUGUCGCCGAUCGUGGUUCCCGUAGCGAUAAGGUUGUGGAACUGCGCGACAUCUUCCCAACAUUUGCCGAGGCGAGCGGGCACUCACUGGAAAGUGCCGGCCUGAAAGUGGACGGUGCUAGUGUUCUCGCCUUGCUACGAGCAUCACCGGCAAACAGUGAUGGCAUGGCAACUGCAGCACCAUGGCGACAGUGGAUUGACAUGGAACAUGACAUCUGCUACAAUGUCACUAAUCACUGGAACUCUCUAACGGACGGCAAGAUGAAGUACAUCUUCAAUGCUUACUCCGCCACUGAACAGCUGUUCAACCUGACCGCCGAUUCAGCCGAGUACCACGACCUAGCUGCGGUGGCCGACUAUCAGACCGAGCUGAAAACCUGGAGAGAGCGUCUUGUCGAUCAGUUCGUGCAGGAGCAGCGCGGUCCCGUCUGGGUGCAGAAUGGCCAGCUGAUGCGGAGAGUGAAGGGGCAAACCUACUCUCCGAACUAUCCCAAGACGUCGACAUCACCCGCUGCACGUGUUGUCUGAUCGGUGAUUCAGUGUUGGUUGUGGUGCCUGCCUGCCAGCCAUAGCGGCUGUCUAUUGUUAUCAGGUACUUACUGACUGUAGCUUUCAUUAGGAUAUUCUUUUUAUUAAUUUAAUGCCGAACCGUGAUGGCGGCUGCAGCUAGGGAAGCACGCACAAAAUGAAUCGUAUGUCGUGGCUAGCGCCGCCGGGCAUUCCUGAAUCAGUGUUUCGACGGUUGGUUUCUCUCUAGCCAUGUCCCGUGGUAGGUGUGACCUGAUGACCUUGCUGCAGAAAUGUGUGCGUCGCGUAUCCCACAAUAGAAAUCUCUGGCAACCGUCCAGUGAGGCUCAGGGGACGUUGUUCUUGUUAGUCUCCUAUUCCAGAAGUCUAGAUUCUCUAGACUUUCUUACACUGUUACUCUGAAUCUGCUUCCCAUUAGACAAUUGGUGCUCUUUUCGAAAAGUUUCUCCCAGCCGUCAUUCGGUUGGGUCAAACUUUUUAUUCUAUUUUGCCCUGGGGCGGAACAAGAAGAUAAUCGGACAUUGUUAUUACUAUCUUUUAUCUACCAGUACCAUGUACCAUGUACUGGUAGAUAGUAUUCUUUAUUCUCACACAAAGAUUUCCUGAUAUUGUCACCCAUUUGCGGCGUUUAGUUAGAUAUUUGAACCCCACUUUUUUUUUGGAAUGAUCAGUAUAUUUUUCUGGAUCAAGAGCGCUGGCGCUGCAUUUCCUUAUUUGCACCUUCGCCAUGCCGAUAUUCUCUUGCUGCUGCCAUGGUUGCAUGUUUUUGGAAUUAUUAUUUUUUGAAUUUCUAUUCUCUCUAUUAUUUUCUCGGUCUCUCGGCACUGUGAGAAUGAUACUACUCUCUCGGUACUGCGUCGUAGUGCUUUGACGCACUUGCAAUAAAUGCAUUGGUCUGACGUGAUGGA